AUGUCGAACAAAAAAUUCAAUGGUAUCAGAGACAACUUCAACCUCCUUGGUCCGAAAAACAAGAUCCUUGUAGCAAAUAGAGGGGAAAUUCCAAUAAGAAUCUUCAGAACCUCCCAUGAAUUAUCGAUGAAAACAGUAGCCAUCUAUUCCCAUGAAGAUCGUCUUUCCACACAUAGAUUAAAGGCAGAUGAAUCAUACGUAAUUGGUGAACCAAAUCAAUUCACUCCUGUCGGUGCAUAUUUGGCCAUCGAUGAGAUUAUUAACAUUGCAAAGAAACAUAAUGUAGAUUUCAUUCAUCCUGGGUAUGGGUUCCUUUCUGAAAAUUCUGAAUUCGCUGAUAAAGUUGCAAAAAAUGGUAUCGCUUGGGUCGGUCCACCUGCUUCUGUCAUUGAUUCCGUAGGGGAUAAAGUCUCUGCAAGACAUUUGGCUGAAAGAGCCAAUGUUCCAACUGUUCCGGGGACACCUGGUCCAAUUAAGUCAGCUAAGGAAGCUGAAGAAUUUGUGGCUAAAUAUGGAUUCCCCGUAAUUAUUAAAGCUGCAUUUGGUGGUGGUGGUAGAGGUAUGAGAGUUGUUAGAGAAGGUGAUGAUAUCGCUGAUGCGUUCCAACGUGCCUCUUCCGAAGCUGUUACCGCGUUUGGUAAUGGGACUUGCUUCGUGGAAAGAUUCUUGAAUAAACCAAAACAUAUAGAGGUUCAACUAUUGGCCGAUAAUUAUGGGAAUGUCAUUCAUUUGUUUGAAAGAGAUUGUUCUGUUCAAAGAAGACACCAAAAAGUGGUCGAGGUAGCCCCAGCAAAGACUUUACCAAGAGAUAUACGUAACGCUAUCUUGACAGAUGCUGUGAAAUUAGCUAAAGAAUGUGGAUAUAAAAACGCCGGUACUGCAGAAUUCUUAGUUGAUGAUCAAAAUAGACAUUAUUUCAUUGAAAUCAAUCCAAGAAUUCAAGUGGAACAUACUAUUACAGAAGAAAUUACAGGAAUUGACAUCGUUGCAGCUCAAAUUCAAAUCGCUGCUGGUGCAUCUUUGGAACAGUUAGGUCUUCUACAAGAUAAGAUUACAACAAGAGGGUUCGCUAUUCAAUGCCGUAUCACUACUGAAGAUCCAGCUAAAAAUUUCCAACCUGAUACUGGUAGAAUAGAAGUCUAUGGUUCAGCUGGCGGUAAUGGUGUCAGAUUAGAUGGAGGAAACGCAUACGCUGGUGCAAUUAUUUCUCCUCAUUACGAUUCCAUGUUGGUGAAAUGUUCUUGUUCCGGUUCCACUUAUGAAGUAGUACGUCGUAAAAUGAUUCGUGCGCUAAUUGAAUUCAGAAUUAGAGGUGUCAAGACAAAUAUCCCAUUUCUCUUGACAUUAUUGACUCAUCCAGUCUUCAUAAGUGGCCAAUAUUGGACCACUUUCAUUGAUGAUACCCCACAACUAUUCCAAAUGGUGUCUUCUCAAAAUAGAGCUCAAAAAUUAUUGCAUUAUUUGGCCGAUAUUGCUGUUAAUGGAUCGUCCAUUAAGGGCCAAGUCGGCAUUCCAAGAUUAACUAAAAUUCCAGAUAUCCCACCUUUAUAUGAUACAAAUAAUAAUAAAAUUGACGUAUUAAAGACGCCACCACCAGCUGGUUGGAGACAAGUCCUAUUAGAAAAGGGUCCAGUCGAAUUUGCUAAACAAGUAAGACAAUUCCAAGGUACAUUAUUAAUGGAUACCACAUGGAGAGAUGCCCAUCAAUCUUUAUUAGCAACAAGAGUUAGAACUUAUGAUUUAGCAACAAUUGCUCCAACAACUGCUCAUGCCCUAUCUGGUGCAUUUGCUCUUGAAUGCUGGGGUGGCGCUACCUUUGAUGUCGCAAUGAGAUUCUUACAUGAAGAUCCAUGGGCACGUCUAAGAACUUUAAGAAAAUUAGUUCCAAAUAUUCCAUUCCAAAUGUUAUUACGUGGUGCCAAUGGUGUAGCUUACUCUUCAUUGCCAGAUAAUGCUAUUGAUCAUUUUGUGAAACAAGCAAAGGAUAAUGGUGUGGAUAUAUUUAGAGUUUUUGAUGCCUUGAACGAUCUAGACCAAUUGAAAGUAGGUGUUGAUGCGGUUAAGAAAGCUGGUGGUGUCGUGGAAGCUACCCUAUGUUACUCCGGUGAUAUGCUAGCAAAAGGCAAGAAAUAUAACUUGGAUUACUAUUUAGAAGUUACUGAUAAGAUUGUCCAAAUGGGUACGCAUUUUUUAGGUAUUAAAGAUAUGGCAGGUACUAUGAAACCAGCUGCUGCUAAAUUAUUAAUUGGGUCAAUUAGAGCUAAAUAUCCAGAUCUACCAAUUCAUGUUCAUACUCACGAUUCUGCUGGUACAGCCGUAUCUUCAAUGGCUGCUGCUGCAGUAUCUGGGGCUGACGUUGUUGAUGUUGCUAUCAAUUCUAUGUCUGGUUUGACUUCCCAACCUUCUAUUAAUGCAUUAUUAGCUUCUCUUGAUGGCGAAAUUGAUACUGGUAUUAAUGUUCAACAUGUUCGUGACUUGGAUGCUUACUGGGCUGAAAUGAGAUUACUGUACUCUUGUUUUGGUGCCGACUUGAAAGGUCCUGAUCCGGAAGUCUAUCAACAUGAAAUUCCAGGUGGCCAGUUAACCAAUUUAUUAUUCCAAGCCCAACAACUGGGUCUAGGAGAACAAUGGGCUGAAACAAAAAGAGCAUAUAGAGAAGCCAACCAUUUAUUAGGUGAUAUUGUUAAGGUUACUCCUACUUCCAAGGUUGUUGGUGAUUUAGCGCAAUUUAUGGUCAGCAACAAAUUGACUUCAGAUGAUGUUAAACGCUUGGCCAAUUCCUUAGAUUUCCCAGAUUCCGUUAUGGAUUUUUUCGAGGGUUUAAUGGGCCAACCAUAUGGUGGAUUCCCUGAACCACUAAGAUCAGAUAUUUUGAGAAAUAAAAGAAGAAAAUUGACAAGCCGUCCGGGUUUAGAAUUAGCUCCCUUCGAUUUGAAUACUAUUAGGGAAGAUCUACAAACAAGAUUUGGUGAUGAUAUCGAUGAGUGUGAUGUUGCUUCAUACAACAUGUAUCCAAAGGUAUAUGAAGAUUUCCAAAAAAUCAGAGAAACGUACGGGGACUUAUCUGUUUUACCAACGAAAAACUUCUUGGCUCCAGCUGAAAUCGGUGAAGAAAUAGAAAUAGUUAUUGAGCAAGGUAAAACUUUGAUUGUUAAACUUCAGGCUAUUGGUGACUUGAACAAGAAAACUGGUAUCAGAGAAGUUUACUUUGAAUUGAAUGGUGAAAUGAGAAAAAUCGGGACCCUAGAUAGAUCCCAAAAGGUGGAAACUGUUGCGAAACCAAAGGCUGACGGUCAUAACCCAUUCCAAAUUGGUGCCCCAAUGGCUGGUGUAAUCGUCGAAGUCAGAGUUCAUAAGGGUUCAUUAGUCAAGAAAGGUGAAGCUGUCGCUGUCUUAAGUGCUAUGAAGAUGGAAAUGAUUAUUUCAUCUCCAACUGAUGGUCAGGUAAAAGAUGUGUUAGUGAACGAUGGUGAAAACGUUGAGGCCUCCGAUCUUUUAGUAUUACUAGAAGAAACUGAAAUUCCGGAAGAAGCAUGA